AUGAGGAAAAAGUACGGUCCCAUUUGGAUACUGCCAUCUUUAGGGAUCGAUUCUGUAGUUGUUUGUGAUGCCAAAGCUGUUCAAAGUAUUUUCCAAAACUCGACAGAUAUUAUUCGUCCCGAUAGUGGUUUUAGGGCUGCAAAAUCUCUGUUCCAUGGAAAAGUCGCAUUCAAAUACGAGUUUAAUGCAGUCAAGCAAACAGUAUCUGGAAACAACGAAAAGGUUCGCUAUGCUAUAAAAAUGUACACUAUUUUACUUCUUCAAAAACGUGUGCUUCUACCAAAAAUCUUUUGGAGCUAUGCAAAUAUUGCCGACAAUUCCCCAGCACUUCGUGAAACGGCAGACUAUAUGAGAUUGACUGUAAAAAAGGUCAUUGAUGAAAGAGACGCAUCUUGUGAAUCAGAGCUCAGCAAAGAUCCACUGCAUAUGGAUGUACUCGAAAGACUGCUAAACAGUCGCACAGGAGAUCUGGUACUAUCCGAGGAAGAGAUUAUUAGUGAAAUUAUUGGUUUUAUUAUUGCAGGCUACGAUACAACAGCCAGUACAAUGACAUUUAUUAUUUUUCAGCUGUGUAUUCACCCAGAGAUUCAAACCAAAUUGGUUACAGACAUUUGCGAGAUAUAUUCCAAGCUCGACAAAGACAUUGACAUGGAAAACAUAAUGCAUUUCGAAUACCUUGACUGGGUGAUUAAAGAAGCUCAACGACUCGACUCUGUUUUACAGAAUGUGAUGCGUGUUUCUACCAAUGACAUACAACUCAUGGGAUAUGAAUUUAAAGCAGGGACCCAAUUCAUGCUUCGUAUUGCUGAUAUCCAUCGCGAUGAAAGGUAUUGGAAAGACCCACUACGUUUCAAUCCAGACCGAUGGGCUGAGCCAUGCGUCCCUGGCACUUUUUUGCCAUUUGGUGACGGUGCGUUUAAAUGUAUUGGGCAAAAGAUGGCCAUGGUUGAAAUCAAAGUGGUGAUGAUUCAUUUACUGCGUGAAUUCCAGUUUGAGCUGGUGCCUAAUCAAAAGCUGGAGCGCUUCACCUCUAUAACUCAUGGAUUCAAAAAGGGACUCAUGGUCAAAAUUAGCAAACGUAAAUGA